GUCUAUUUGGGAUUCUACAGACAAUAAUACAACAUGACCUACUUAGCCGUUGUGCUCAACGGACCAAAAGCCAAGAAUGGACGGAAGGUGUUCGACAGCUUCCUCGAACAAAAUCGGCAAAUGUUCUGGAAUCGAGAACUCACUUCGGCGUGCGAGUCGAUCACUUACAUGGGCUUCAUGCGCCCGGGCACCCUAUUCGUGUCGGGACCCGCCUCACAACUAACCGUGCUCAAGGAUGCAUGGGCACGACGCAUCUUGAAACCCGCAAUGGGCUACACAAUCACUUCUUUGGGUGACUUGGGCGCGAUUCAACAAGUUGAGCAGAUGCACUUCGUUCCGCUGGGAGAUGUCAUUUGUGACGCCGUCGCACAGCUCAAUCGUCAGGGACUUGCCGCCACCGAGCAAGCUAUUCGACAAUACGUUGCAAGGCACUGCCCACACGUUGCACCGCCUGGAAUUGAAAUGGUUCGGCAGACGAUCACCUCGCUGCUAUCCACUGGAUUCGUCUAUAAAAUGGCAGAUCACUACUUUGUGUCAGUUCCAACGAACUCUCCAAUGCGGCCGCCCGCCAAGGCAGCCACAAAAACUACAAAAACUACAGUGGAGUGUCAAACGGGUGCUUCGAUGAUGUGUCCCCAACAAACGUCCACGUCAUCCGAUGAGCAUGUGAUAGAGCCUGCGAAAAAAGAUCACAAAAAGUGCCAAAACUCAAAUCGUCGGAGCAUUUUUGCAAGGCUCUUCUCUCGUGGCAUGAAGCCUCAAACUAUUAUGCCAUCAGCGUCACCGAUUCAUGUUGGAGGACCUCCAACACCACCACCAGCUGCUAUGUUGCCUACCAAGAAUAAGUACCCGACUUAUCAUCACGAUCUCAACGAAGAGUGUCAACGGAAGGCUCGAAGACGUAACCACCCCCGUCGUGGCGAGACCCAAAAGCUACUCUCGUCUAGUUCGGAAUGUCUCAAGUACUAUCCAGUUGAUAUGCCAGAGACCCGACCGACUCGUCGAAGGGCCCGCAUGGCUUCACCACUCCGAAGUUCCACACCGAACAACUCGGAUUCGGCCUACUCGAUCUCUCCACCACAUACCGAUUCAAAUGAGGAAGCUGGCAGUAUCAGUGAUUCGGAGAUCAAUCACACAUAUAUCAAUAUCAACAAGUUCCGCCGUCAGAAUUUCGAUUCCACGCAGUUUGAGGAUCUGACAGGUGCCACAGCGACAACUUCAGAGGAGCCCGAGAUUUUGGGACGACACAUUCGAGGCGUCCUGAUCUCCAAUUUGUAGAUUUCAUACUUUUUUAUUUGAAAUUCUUGGUAAAACUUUUCAACCAUUUAUUUUUCAAAUUAUCAAAAUGUUUAGCUAUAGUUCCACAAACACAUCAGAAUCCAGUGAAAUUUUGUUUUUUUUCUACUUCUAUUUUUACCCUUACAAAUAGAGUUUGUUAGCGCACUUUUAAGCCCCCACCCAUCAAAACGUGUCUUCUUUGUUUUCACCCAAUUUCAUACUUUUUUUGUUACACUUUCUGCGUCUCUUCUACUCCAUGUUGGAGUUGUGUCUAUGUCUCUUCUCCCAAUUCUAUUUCUCUUAAAUUUUCCCCAUACACCCCAAGUUUUAUCCUGUUUUAAUGUCAUUUUUCUAUGAAAAACUGUUUUAUUUUUGCCCGGAAAAUAAAUAUGGGACUAAUUUACUUU